GUUCCGUUCUUGGUGGGGUGCUGCUAAGCGAAAACCGCCAUUAACUGAAACUCAGCAAUAUAUGGCACCAAUUUUCGGUUAAUGGCGCCCCUCUUAGGUAUGUUAUGGCGCCGAUAACCUAAACUCAGUCCUCAUGGCGCCAAAAAUCGCCGAUUUUAUGAUGCUAGACAAGUGCUGUAAAACUGGAUCGCUAUUAACCUAGACAGCCGAUAACCAGGGACUGCCUGUAUAGUAGUAUUAUCACCAUGGAGGCAGUGGCGAAACAUGAUUUUAAUGCCACGGCAGAAGAUGAGCUUAGUUUUAGAAAAGGACAAAUCUUAAAGGUGUUAAAUAUGGAAGAUGAUAUGAAUUGGUUCCGAGCAGAGUUAGAUGGAAGAGAAGGACUUAUUCCCAGCAACUAUAUAGAGAUGAAAAGCCAUGAGUGGUAUUAUGGAAGAAUUACACGUGCCGAUGCCGAGAAACUUUUAUUAAAUAAACACGAAGGUGCAUUCCUUAUCAGAGUCAGUGAAAGCUCACCAGGUGAUUUUUCACUGUCUGUCAAUAUUUCGUCGGAAGGUAGAGGUAAUCCCCAAGCUUCACCUAAAUGUGGCGAUGGUGUGCAACACUUCAAAGUAUUAAGGGACGCUCAGGGCAAGUUUUUCUUAUGGGUAGUGAAAUUUAACUCCCUUAAUGAAUUGGUAGAAUACCACCGAUCGGCCUCAGUUUCAAGGUCUCAUGAUAUCAAGCUCAAAGAUAUGACUCCUGAAGAGUUCCUAGUGCAAGCCUUGUAUGACUUCACUCCACAAGAACAAGGUGAACUGGAGUUUAAAAGAGGUGACGUUAUCACUGUUACUGACCGAUCGGACCAGCACUGGUGGACUGGUGAAAUGGGUAAUCGCAGGGGUCUUUUCCCUGCUACGUAUGUUGCACCUUACCACACAUAAAUGGAUUCCUAGAAAGUUACCUUUCAAGGUACCCUGGGUUCAAAAGAGGUAUCUGUUAUGAAGGAUACCUCAUUGCAGAAGGGAAACCACCUAGUUUUGUCAAGUUUUCUCAAACUGCAUUGUGACAGAGACUGAAUGAGAUUUUGUUCAAAACAAUGAAUAAAAAAAAGCUGGCUUGGCUAGAUUUGCUUUGGCCUCUAUAGCAGCAGUGAAUAGGAGGAUGUAAUACAGCUCCACAGUUGGGUGGUUAUAUCUCCUGAAUGACAUUUUCCCCCUUUACUAGUACAGUUUGGUUGUUAUGCAUUUCUGUGGCUUUAAUCCCAGUAAUUUACUUAUGCCCGAAUUGUGGUUUGAGUUGGCCCUCCCAACGUGUAAGCUAGCCAGCUGAGUAUUAAUGUUUAUUUUAUUGGUGCCAUUUUAUACCUUUACCUAUUGCAAUUUUGUCAAGUUUUGUUCCUCAGAAAAAUUUUAUAACUAAUAUUUUUUGCCGCAAGGAGACACUUGAAAAUGACAAUGUGAUUUCUGAAAAGACAGUGAUUUUGUGGUUGAUACAGCUGAAAUGAUCGCCAAAAAUGACAAGGAAAUAUGCUGCAGCUUGAGGAGUAAAUCAUCUAGCCUUGCAUGGCUUUAUACCUUUUUAGCAAUGAUUUAUCCAGUAAGACAGUCCUUGCACCAAAAAACUGUAAUGGAAUUAUAUAUAUGUAUGUAUGUUUAUCCAUACUUACAUAUAUGUAUAGAAUAUUAUACAUAUAUAAAUUACUUACAAACUUUUAAAACGCACACUUGACAACUUGAAAACACUGUACGUAUUAACAAGAAUCUCUGAGAUGGCACUCAGAUUCCAAAAAUGGGUAACUGUUCCAAUUUCAUAUUUAUCCAUGAAACCUUUUAUUCUUGUGGCCCUGUAAUGUUUCGAGGGUCUGUGUUCGGGUAAAUUGGUCUCCAAGAUACAGAGGUAGUAAACUUAUACCAAUGCAGUCUACAUGUGUCAUCAGCCAUUUCUCCUACUUUGAGCUGUAUAAAAAAAAAUAAUAAAAGACUUGAUUUUGCAUAGUGGGCGAGUUGCAUUCAUGGGUUUGUUUACAAUCCAUUAAUGUUGAUUGGGAUAUUGAGCACCUCAUUAAAUGAUGAUACUGUAGAGAUUUCUUGGAAUUAUAAAAAUCCUUACUAGCACAAUUUUUUAUAUUAAGAAUCUGCUCUGUAAAAUAUAGAGAAAUUUUGUGUAUAUGUCUCGAGGCAGUGGUUGUGAGGACUAGUGAUUUUAUGCCUAAGUGAGAGGUAGCAGUGAUUGUCAGAUGAUGACAAAUUACUAGGUAAAAACGGUUUUAUUUUAAUGUUCUUAGGUCUUGUGUAAUUUUGUUAACUUUGGCCUAGUUUAGGUCAUUGCCAAUAUCGAUAGAAAACAAGUUUAUACUUUUUUAUAAACAACAGUCAUUGAAAUGUGUAGAUUUCAUCAAGAAAGAUUAACACUAGAGUUGUGUUCAAAGGGGAUUUUACAACAGAAAUAUGUAAAGAUGUAUCUUUUUUUCUUUUUGUAGCAAUAUUUUAAAAUGCAUGGUUUUAAGUUUUCAUUUUAUGUGAUCAGUCUUACAGAUGCUAUUUUUAACAUUGCAAAGAGUUAUAAACAUUGGAACAUUUUCUAAUCUUUUCUUUUAGUAUCCAAGAACUGGCAGCAUGCUGUGUUUUGGAUCAUAGCUGAGAGUACAGAUUAAGUUUUUAAAAAUGUUCUUGGACUCCAUAGCUAAUAUUUUAUCAGUAGAAUAACAUAAUGAAAUGAAGUGGGGAAAAUUAUUACCGGGUAUGCAGCUUGUAAAACUUGGAGGUAGUCUGUCACUUGAGUUGUAAAGAUUUUCAUAGGAAGGAAAAUGUUAAGAGCACUUCUCUAUUAAUGUAAGGUAUGAUUGAGUGUUGCAUUCUUUUUUCUGUAAAACCAAGAGCACCCUCCACUAUGUAGUGUCAUUAUUGGAGUUGAGAUUUCUAGUUAAGCCAACUUUUCACUAAUAAAGCAUCAAAAUAGGUUUUUUCUUUCUCAGUUUAUUUUGGUACAGUCAGUAAUUGAGAUUGGUGUUGCAGCAUUCCACUGGAAGAUUAGCAUGUGUUGAUUUAGGAAUGUACUGUAGUGUUGUGCUUCUACUAUGGUGGAAAGAAUGAUGCCAUUGAGUGCAUGAAGUAUGUUUGCAUUUGCUUCCCAGUAAAGUUGGAAGGAAAGUACAGCAUGUGUUGAAAAUCACCAAGGGAAAAAUUUAAAAGGAUUGAAACGCCUUAUUUUUAGGUUUAACAUUUCCUGGUGUAUAAUUUUAAAAGCAAAGUUACUAGAUACGUAUAUGUAUUAAGUUGGAUUUUAAAGCUAGCUUUUCUUGUUGCGUCAUUAUACAAGACAUAGCACAAUGUUGUAUUAAGUUGUAGAUACCAUAGGAUGAGCAUGGAUUUCAAAUUCAGUAAUGUAACACCAUGCAUUGUGUAUAACAGGAAUUUCAACUGUAUGUUAUAUAUUAAGAACUUGAUCUUUCACUGGUAGAGGCUCUUUAAUUUUUUUAUUAUAUAUUUUGCCUCCAUAUAUGCUUAGAUAUACUCCUUUUUUAUAUAAAUUCACAAAAGAAAGAUCAGAAUAGAAGCUUUCAUGUUGCUCAUCCUUUGCUACUGUCAGCAUAUACUUAUAGUUGCAGUAUAUUUUAGAAGGGAAAUAAGGAAUGUUUCUGACACUUACAUUUUAUUACAAAGUAAGAAGUAACUGUAUUAAUGCUUACAAGGCAAACAAUCUGUUAUAUUAAUGUCAGAUUAAUCUUUGAAUUGAAGGGAAUCACGGAAGACAGGAGAAUGGGUUGAUACAAUAGUCACUUUGACCAAUCUGUCCAUAGUAAUGAUAAGGCCAGCUGUCUUGUGUAAAAGUAAUAUAUUACAAAAGAACUUUAUAUAUUUUCAUACCAAUAGUGUAACACAAAACAGAUUUACCAAUUGAAAGUAGUUAUGAAAUAUUACAUUCAGAGCAUUUAAUUUAAUGAAUUUUAUGAGAAUUUACCCACUGUUCAACUUAAGUGAAUGAAUUUCACAAUGAAGUGAAAUACUUUUAAAAUACAUUUAAAAGUAACUUUUAAGAAAAAGUUGCAAGCAUAUCUGUGAUGUAGACAUCAUCCAAUUGAUGAGAAUUUUAGAUGGCUGGACAUGAGAUUGGGUCAGCAUUAUCUUUUUGUUACCUAAAAGCAUUAUAUUAUGACCUUUUGUGUCAAUUAAUCUAAAGUGGAUUCCAUCUUCAGCUUUUGUUAUGACGAAUAUAAUUUUAUUGAAAUUUCAGUUAUGCCUGUUUUAUAAUGUAUUUUAGGUUUAUUUUAGCACAAAUUUUCUAUCAGAACAUUUGAUACUUUUCUAUGAGAAGAUAACCCAGUAUCUCGGAAUAUCCACACUGAUUUAUCAAAGGGAAAAUGCUGUGUCCUUAUUACAAUUUCUUCCCACAGUGACAAUAGUAGGGCUCGUGGAGUCAACAUGGUUCACGGACUGGCUGAAUCUCCAUACAUGUUAGUUGUAUCAGUUGUAAUUACAAGAUGCACUGGUAAAAUAUCUACAAAUAAAAAUCAACUUGUGUGGAGUGGAGUGAGAAAUGAACAUGUGUGGAGUGGAGUACAUGUAGGCUUUAUGUCACCUUAUUAUUUUAAACCAUUGAAAGCCAAGAUUGACAUUUUUGCCCUGUCUGCAUUUAUGGAAAAGGAUUGCAUAUUGAAAUUGCAAUGAGAAAAGCUACUUGUUAGAGAAAACACUGUUGUGUUUUUAGAAUAUCUUUUGUAAUGUGUUAUAUAUAUUUUCAUAAGCACUAUAUACAGUACUCUCAAGUUUAUGUACUUCAAUUCUGAUAAUUGUUAUGCAAGUUGAUUUGCAGAAAAUUAUUUGCUGCAGGUAACUAGGAGCUGAACUUCUGGUGAUGCAUUUUGGUUCCUACUACCAUUAAGCUUUUUUAUACAGUAAGCCAUUAGUUUCAUCAUUAAGAGAUUACGUACUUUGGUAAAGUAAGUGUAAGUUCAUUAAACAGUGUUAAGCUCUCUUUGAGUUUUUAAAAAUGAGUAAAAAAAAAAAAAAAAAAAAAAAAAAACUUUUCUUGAUCAUUUUCAAUAGGUAUGAAAUUCCAAAAUAUACAGAAUAUUGUAUCAAUAUUUUCCAGGGAAUCUGGUGAACCUGUGAAGAUGUAAAAAUACUGUUUAGGAAAAGCGUGAACUCUAAUAACUUCCUAUGCAAGAGACUGAGAUUGGGUCAGAUGGCAAUACUGUAUAAUUCUAGUUUGGUAAACAAUAAUUUUUACAUUUGGUCAUUAGUGUUUAGUAAAAUUGCUAAGGAAAGAUGUAUUUCAUGAUUUGCUGAGUUAUCAAGUAACAUUCUUUUAACUGCCUUUUGUAGAAUUUACUUACAUAUAACGAUCAAAAAUUAUAUUUUAAACAUGUUUGCCAGUGAAUUUUCUGUAAAUGUUUAAUUUUACUCACAUUGUUUCAGCGCAUACUGUCUCAUUACAAAACAUUUCCUUCCUAAAAAAAUUGCCAAACUUAAAACCGUGAAAUUCUGUAGCACCUCCUCUUGGAGUGUCUUUCAGUGUAAGGCCUGUCAGUAGACUUUGAUAUUAGCAUAAUCUUUUAGUUUUCUCAUGGUAUUGCUAGGGAUUACAAAAUGUUCAUGGUAGGAAAUAAUGUUUACUGACAUAGUUUUAGUUUAUAACAAUAAUAAAAAGAUCAACCCCUUCUUUCCACUAAGUUCAUUUUUUCUUGUCACAUGGGUUUUUAUAGUUUUUGUUUAAUGAUGGUAAUGGAAGAAUUGCAGAGCUAUAUUAAUAGAAUAUUGACAAAUUUUAGUUUCGUGUAGCUCUUCCGUAUGAUUAUUAAAUACAUCUUGGAACACUGAUGUCUGUAGAUAGAGCUACAUUAGUACUGACUCAUUACAUCAUUUCAUCAUCAUGAUCUUAGAUUUCAUACAUUUGCCAUUUACAUAAGUCCCAGCUUCUUGAAAGAAAGACUACACGUCAGCUUUGGAUAAACUACAUGGAUGUUUCAUAUACUGAUUUGUAACCAGACCUAACGCUUUUCAAAACUCAAGUCCUUUUCUUUCCUUACGUCAUAAUUCUAAAACUCCAUCAUUAGCAGGAUUUUUCUUCAUAGGGUAUGGUAUAAACUCUGCUAUCUACACAUCAGCUCUUAUGAAAGCUCAGGUAUCCGCAUUAUUAUCUGCUGGGCAAUAACUGUACUGUAGUUGCAUGCGAUAGAUGUCAUUUUGUGUAGGCGACCUAUUUUCACUCGUAUUAUUUUGUCAGUGAUCUUUUAUGCUCAAGUAGAAGUAGAUACAGCAGACAUUGUGUAUAUCCUGUAUUACACGAAGUAUGUACAGUUCAUGGAUAUGAUUUUAUUUAGCCAGAUGAAUGCAGUAGUCUUUAGAUAUGCUGGAAGUCUCAUGUUUACCAUGACUCAAUGAUUUUAGAACAGUGUAGUAUUUUUCAUUUAGUGUAGGUUACAUUUCGUGUAAAGGAUAUUGUUUGUGAAUUUAUUAGUGGUACACAAUUGACAUUGAUAUUGCAUAGAGGGCUGUGUUUUACCAGCAUUUAUCAAUGAGUGCGCAGUAUCUCUGCCAUUUAACUGCACAGUAAUUUCAGUGAAACUUGUGUGUGCUCAAAUCUCAGUACUGGUAUGAGUGGAUGAUAUCUGUGCAGAUGGUAGAGUUUGUACUCCAUUCCUAAAUAUCAAGCCACUUCAGGUUAUUUUGCAUGUAUCUGCAAGAGUCAUUGGAAAUGCAUAUGAAAAUGAAAUGAGAAAUUGUAAGCUGUGCAAUACUUCGGAAUUAUAAGGAUUGUUGUCAGGAUAAAAGAGGCUCUAUUUGUUCUUCAUGAUGAUUGCUAUUUGCAAAAAUAAAUUAAUUUCAAUUUUUAUGUAGUUUCAGGCUUGCUUUGUAUUAAUGAACCACUUAGUAAUCAUUGGGUUACCUCACUUUGGCGUGCCAAUGGAUGAUGUAAGGUUAAGCUGUGUGCGAUGGAGGGUAUUCUUUUAUUCCUACUUUGCAGUCUAUAUUUUUUGUGCAUGUGCUGAUAUUUAAUAUUGAAACAUACAUCAAACUGUACGUGUGCGUUCAAUAAACCUGAUUUCGAUGCA